AUAGUCCCUGGUCGGUUCGGUGCUGCUGGGCCAGGUUUCGGGCGCGGAGCGGAGCGGAGCGUCGCCGGGGUCCCGAUCCGCCACCGCCACCAUGCCGGCCGUUUCCAAGGGAGACGGGAUGCGGGGCCUGGCCGUAUUUAUCUCCGAUAUCCGAAACUGUAAGAGCAAAGAGGCUGAAAUUAAGAGAAUUAACAAGGAAUUGGCCAAUAUCCGGUCCAAAUUCAAAGGAGAUAAAGCUUUGGAUGGUUACAGCAAGAAGAAAUAUGUCUGUAAGCUGCUCUUCAUCUUCCUGCUGGGCCAUGACAUCGACUUUGGGCACAUGGAGGCUGUCAACCUGCUCAGCUCGAAUAAAUACACAGAGAAGCAAAUUGGCUACUUAUUCAUUUCAGUGCUGGUGAACUCUAACAGCGAGCUAAUCCGUCUCAUCAACAAUGCCAUCAAGAAUGACUUGGCGAGCCGCAACCCCACUUUUAUGUGCCUGGCCCUGCACUGCAUCGCCAACGUGGGCAGCCGCGAGAUGGCUGAGGCCUUUGCCUCUGAGAUCCCCCGCAUCCUGGUGGCUGGAGACACCAUGGAUAGUGUAAAACAGAGUGCUGCCCUCUGCCUUCUGCGUUUGUACAAGACCUCACCCGACCUGGUGCCCAUGGGAGAGUGGACGUCACGUGUGGUGCACCUUCUGAACGAUCAGCAUAUGGGUGUCGUCACUGCUGCUGUCAGUCUCAUCGCCUGCCUCUGCAAGAAGAAUCCUGAUGAUUUUAAGACCUGUGUAUCCUUGGCUGUCUCCAGGCUUAGCAGGAUUGUAUCUUCAGCCUCCACAGACCUACAGGAUUACACCUAUUACUUCGUGCCAGCUCCCUGGCUUUCUGUCAAGCUCCUGCGACUGCUGCAAUGUUAUCCUCCUCCAGAAGAUGCAGCAGUCAAAGGACGUCUGGUCGAGUGCUUAGAGACUAUCCUCAACAAGGCCCAGGAGCCGCCCAAGUCCAAGAAAGUCCAGCACUCCAAUGCCAAGAAUGCAAUUCUUUUUGAAGCCAUCAGUCUUAUCAUCCACUAUGACAGCGAACCCAACCUGUUGGUGCGGGCAUGCAAUCAACUUGGCCAGUUCCUACAGCAUCGGGAGACCAACCUGCGAUACCUGGCCCUGGAGAGCAUGUGCACCCUGGCCAGCUCAGAGUUUUCUCACGAGGCUGUCAAGACCCACAUUGAAACAGUCAUCAAUGCCCUCAAGACGGAACGGGAUGUAAGCGUGCGACAGCGGGCUGCUGACCUCCUCUACGCCAUGUGUGAUCGAACAAAUGCCAAACAGAUUGUCUCAGAGAUGCUUAGCUACCUAGAGACAGCCGAUUAUUCUAUCCGUGAGGAGAUUGUACUGAAGGUGGCUAUCCUGGCUGAGAAAUAUGCAGUGGAUUACAGCUGGUACGUGGACACCAUCCUCAAUCUGAUCCGUAUUGCUGGCGACUAUGUGAGCGAGGAGGUGUGGUAUCGUGUCAUCCAGAUUGUCAUAAACCGGGAUGAUGUCCAAGGCUACGCUGCGAAGACUGUCUUUGAGGCCUUGCAGGCUCCUGCUUGUCAUGAGAACAUGGUGAAGGUUGGAGGCUACAUUUUAGGAGAGUUUGGGAACCUUAUUGCUGGAGAUCCUCGCUCCAGCCCGCUUGUGCAGUUCAACCUCCUGCACUCCAAAUUCCACCUCUGCAGUGUGUCCACGCGAGCUCUGCUUCUCUCCACCUACAUCAAGUUCAUCAAUCUCUUCCCCGAGACCAAGGGCACCAUCCAGGAAGUGCUGCGUUCUGACAGUCAGAUCCGCAAUGCUGAUGUGGAGCUCCAGCAGCGUGCUGUCGAAUACCUCAAACUCAGCUCUAUUGCUAGCACUGAUGUCUUGGCAACGGUGCUGGAGGAGAUGCCUCCAUUCCCUGAACGAGAGUCGUCCAUCUUGGCGAAACUCAAGAAGAAAAAGGGCCCUGGAGCAGGCAGUGAGCUGGAUGAUGGCAAAAAGGACCCCAAUUCUGAGAUCAAUGGGGGCAUGGAGCCCUCAGCCAGCACUGCUUCAACACCUUCUCCUUCUGCCGACCUGUUAGGCCUCCGUGCAGCCCCAACCUCCGCGUCUGGCGCCCCAGCCAGUGCUGGCAACCUUCUGGUGGAUGUCUUCUCUGACAGCCCCUCAGCCACAACAGGCCUUGUGUCUGGGGCUGAAGAAAACUUCCUGAGCAGUGACUUGGAGCCCCCUCCCGAGAGUCCUUCGUCCUUAUUGGUGGAGGCUGGCCUGCCUGCAGACUCAGGGGCUGCCGCUCCUGUCUCUGAGGACCCAGCUUUGCCUAUUGCUGAGGCCGAUGAACUGCUUCACAAGUUCGUGUGUAAGAAUAACGGCGUGCUCUUUGAGAACCAGUUGCUCCAAAUCGGGGUAAAAUCAGAAUUCCGGCAGAACUUGGGCCGGAUGUAUCUCUUCUAUGGGAACAAAACAUCCGUCCAGUUCCAGAGCUUUACUCCUACAGUCAGCUAUCCAGGAGACCUGCAGAGCCAGCUCAACGUCCAGACGAAAGCAGUGGAGCCAUUGGUGGAAGGUGGUGCUCAAGUUCAACAGGUCCUGAACAUUGAGUGCCUGAGUGACUUCACGGAAGCCCCCCUCAUCAACAUCAAAUUCCGAUAUGGCGGGACACUGCAGAACCUCACCCUCAAAUUGCCUAUAACGGUCAACAAAUUUUUCCAGGCAACAGAGAUGCAAUCACAAGACUUUUUCCAGCGCUGGAAACAGCUCAGCCUGCCACAGCAAGAAGCUCAGAAAAUAUUCAAGGCAAAUCAUCCCAUGGAUUCAGAAGUGACUAAGGCCAAGCUCUUAGGGUUUGGCAGCGCACUCUUGGACAAGGUGGAUCCAAACCCCGAUAACUACGUAGGAGCUGGGAUCAUCCAGACGAAGGCACUGCAAGUUGGAUGUUUGCUGCGGUUGGAGCCCAAUGCCCAGGCACAGAUGUACCGGCUGACCCUCCGUACCAGCAAGGAAUCUGUCUCGAAGCACCUUUGCGAGCUGCUUUCUCAGCAGUUCUGAGGCAUUGGCCGCAUCAGAGGAAGGCGGGGGGAAAGGCCAUUCCUGCACAUUGGAUGCCUAUGUCCGCCCCCUCCCACCUCCCUCCUAAACCGGGGGCCUCCAGAAAGACUGUACUGCUCCUUGCCUGUUGUUGUGAUAACCUCUGUGUUCUCAUUGCCUAGCCCGGGUCAGCACCAAGUGGGGGAGCAAACAUGUGGCCCCUGGGAUGGCCAAAGUAGAAGCGGGGAGGGAUGACUCGUGUGUCAGUGUAAGGCAUUCUUCCGGGAGUAGUCUCCCCCUUCCCAGGAAGAUGGCUCUUGGAAGAAAAGCCAGGAUCUCGCCUUCCCUAUAAGCCUGGUCUGAUCUAACUCAGGAUGAGGCUGAGAUUUGUGGUCUUAACCCACCCCCCACCCCCCAAAUUCCUGUUGUAUGAUUUAGUCUGGCAUUUUGGUUUUGUUUACAAAUAUCUACCCCUACUUUCCCAAUCCAUGGCCUUCAUCCUUUCUGUUGGGGAGGUGGAAUAUACAUGUCAGCUACCUUGCUUCUGUCUAAGCUUGCUGGGGGGGAGGAAUGGGUGUGUGUGUGUGCGUGUGUAUGCGGAAAAGCUUUGUAGGGAAUUGUUUUGUUUCUUUGCCUUGUGUACUUUCGGGUGGGGGGCGUGAAUUCUCCUUUCCUUUGUCACGGACCAUUCCAGUGUUAUAGUUGCGUGUGUUUGUGGGGAAGCAAAUUUGCUCAAGAGCAGGGCUCCUCCUUCCUUCCCUGGGUCUCUCACCUCUAGAAGGAAAACUGCACGAAGGUGAAGAAUACUGCAGGGAAGAGAGGCCUGCCAAUUCCUCUCCUGACUCAUUUCUCCCACCCCUGGAAAGGGUGUUUUAAUAGUAACCUCAAGCAGCCGUAAGCUUGGGGUGGGGGGUGGGAUACUCUAGAAUGAUGCCCUCCAUGGAUUUGGGGGGAGGGUUCAGUUCAUGCUAGUUUGGGGGUGUCCCAGCUUCCCAUGCUGGCCCGGGCUCCAUGUUACUCUGCUGUGUAGGUGUUAUCUAGCGCAUCUUAGUUUAUCUGGGUUUUGAAUGCCUGUAUCUUAUCUCCAUGUGACUCUAAUAAAGCCGUGAGGGCGGGGGAGAGCCAGAAUCAAGCCAGGCUGGGUCACCCCCACACCGCUGACUGA